AUGGAGAAAUACAAUAAAAUAAAGUUGAUCGGUUCUGGAGCUUUUGGUCAAGCAUGGCUUGUUCAAUCGAAAGAAGAAGAAAAAAAAUUCGUUAUGAAAGAAAUAAAAAUUGCUAAAAUGGCCAAAAAAGAACGUGAUGAUGCACGAAAAGAGGUUAAAGUUCUCAGUGAAAUGAAACAUCCAUAUAUUGUUUCAUAUAUUGAAUCAUUUGAAGAUGCGGCAAGUUUAUUUAUUAUAAUGGAUUAUUGUGAUGGUGGUGAUUUACAUUCACGUAUACAAGCACAACGUGGAAUUUCAUUUAAUGAAGAUCAAAUAGUUGAUUGGUUUGUACAAAUAACUCUAGCACUUAAACAUGUUCAUGAUAGAAAAGUACUUCAUCGUGAUAUUAAAUCACAAGUAAAUGUCACAAAAGAAAAAUUUCCAUGUGAAAGUUUUUUAUUUGUUAAUUUAUCAUUUCAGAAUGUUUUUCUAACACGUGAUGGUUCAGCGAAAUUAGGUGAUUUUGGAAUUUCAAAAGUUUUAAAUACUACAUGUGAACUUGCUCGUACACAAAUAGGUACACCAUAUUAUUUGUCACCUGAAAUUUGUCAACAAAAACCAUAUAAUAAUAAAUCAGAUGUUUGGAGUCUUGGUUGCGUUUUAUAUGAAUUAACCACUCUCAAACAUGCUUUUGAUGCUAAUAAUAUGAAUGGUCUUAUUAUGAGAAUUGUUCGUGGUUCAUAUAAUCCUAUUCCGUCGAAAUUUAGUGCCGAUUUACGUACCUUAAUAGCAUCUAUGCUUAAACGAGAACCACGUGAACGUCCAUCUGUUAAUACAAUCUUACGAAAACCAUUCAUCUAUCGACAUAUUCCAAAACAUUUAGCAGAAGAAGUGCAUCAAGCUGAAUUUAAUCAUACUGUUUUACAUGGUCAAAGAUUAUCUGUUGAUCUUAUGCAUCCAAAUCCACCGCCAAUACCUCGCCCAUUGGCAGUUCCAAAACCAUUUGUUACGCCUCCUCCACCAGGUUCUGCUCGUCCAAGUUCAGCAGCAUCAAGACAGUCGCCUCACGAACCAGUCAAAGCAUAUGGAGGUGCAUCACCUAUGAAACGUCCAGUCUCUGCAACUCCUGCUAGUGCCAAUCGAGGAUCUCAAGAGAAGAAGUUGAGUGAAGCUAAUCGAAAACCAAUUAUAUCUGUUGAUAAAGAAAAUGAGAUAGACAAACGACGUCAAGAACUUGCCAAACAGAAAGCAGCACGAGAGAAACAAGCCAAAUUAGAAGAAGAAAAUUUAGCGAAAAAACAACAAGAAUUAAUUGAAAAAGGCAGACAAGCAAAUAUUAAUCGUGAUCGAGAACGUAAUCGUUUACUAUUAAGUUAUAGCAGCCCGGAUCUACAAGGCAUGAAUAACCAACGUGCUACACCACCAGUAGUUCCACAGCCUAAAAUGAAUCAAGUAGCUACUCCUUCAUCAGCUAGAGAACAAGUUGUGGCAUCGCCGACUCCUAGUGCAGCAAAAGCAGGUAAUUAUGAUCAGUAUCAUGAGCUAUUAGAUCAACAUAAGCAGAAAAUGGUUGAUGGAGAACGAAAUAUGGAUCAAUGGAAUAAAAUUAAUCAAGUUCAAAAACCUAAUCCUCAUAUUCAAGUAUAUCAAAAACCAGUUGUCGGCAAUCAUAAUUUACGUCCGACACCAGGUGCAAAUGUUGGUCGACCGGCAGUACUGAGAAAUGAAUUUCUAGAAAAUAGACGUCAAGCUCAAGUGAACAAAGCUCGUGGACAAGGUUAUGGCGCCGGAGCUGUUGCUGCUGUUAGUCCGAAUGUUGGUGUUGUUGGUCAUAUAGCUGCUGAAAUAAAUCGAAAUAUUGAAGAAGUUCGUCAAAAAAAUCUUUUGGGUAAACGAGAUGCAGUUAGUAAACCACCAACUGCAUUCAAAAAACCACCUAUAAAUAAACCACCUAUUGCUAAUCAAGCCGAUGAAAGAUAUCGUUCAGCUUACGAUCAACAGGUUCUUAUAGCUCAAAAAGAAAAAGAGCUGAAGCAAGCUCAAGAAGCUUUAAAAAAGAUUGAACCAGUUAAUAAUAAUCUAACCGAAGUAUUAAAUGAUAUUGGUGUUCGACCACCUAGUGUGGAUCAAGACAAGAGGAAAGCUAUUUUACAAAAUCUUAAUGAACGAAGUGUUCGAGAAGCUUGGCAAGAACAUGGUGGACCACCAAAAUCUCGUCUACAAUGGAAUCAACAACCACGCCUAGAUUCAGCAAUUUUGAAUCGACAAUCCAUAAUGAAUGAUUCAUGUUUAACUGAUUUAAAUAUUCAAGGACAAGCAAUGAAUAUAGGCAAUGUAAACACACCUAAUCGAUCACAAUGGGGUAGUGGACCACGAGGUACAAUUAUUAAUGUACUUGAACAUGCGAAUGUUUAUGAUAAUACAAUGACAAGUACAACGAAUAAUGAUACAUCGGAUAUUAGUUUGAAAGCAUUAAUAAAUCGAGUUAAUCCAAAUCGAAAAAACGAAACUUAUAUCAUAAGUAGUUCAAAGCCAGUUACUUCUUCCAAUCCUACAGUUGAUAUAUCAAAGAAACCCAUAGAAAAUGAUCUAGUUGUGGAAGAAUUGAAUGAAACAUUGAAAUCUUCAACCAACCAAAACAAAGAAUUAAAAACUACAAUAAUAGCAGACAAGGACGAACUCGCCGAAUGUUUAACUACAGGACGUUUUGAUGCUAAAAACAGACGACUUCUUCGUACAGUUUCAAAUCCUGAAUUACAUAAAAUCGAUGAAUUACCUGAAGAAACAUUGGUUCAAUCAAGAAAUUUAAAUCGAAGUUUAACUGAUAUUAUUCAAUCAGCUCAAGAACCAUCAUUUUCAAGUACUAAAAAGAAAACAACAGGAACAACUACUACUAAGAGUAGUAGUGAUUCAAGUACAAGUGAUGACAAGUCUGAAUCUGAUGAUGAAGAUGAUAUGCAAUCUUUAACAAUAGCUUUACAAAGUCAAUUAUGUGAUGAUGAAAAUGAAAACGAAAAUAAAACAAAACAUUCAGCAAGUGAACCUGUGAUAAAAACAGAUAAAUCAAAAGAAUUAACAACAGAAAUUGAUGAUGAUAAUGAUGAUGAUGAUAUUUGGUGUAAUCAAGAAGAUGAAGAUAAUCUUGAACAUCGUGUUAAAAUAGAUGAAGAAAAAGAAAAACAAUUACGUGAAAUUCUCGGUGAUGAAACGUUAGAAAUCGUUCGUGAAGCACUCAAAAAAAAUGAAGGAGAUACACAAACAUUAUCCAGUCUUUUACCAGAAGAUAAACGUUAUUUAGUUGAUACAGAUAUUUUAUUAACGUUGAUUACAAUGAAUGCACGUUUCAUGACAAAAUAA